AUGCCUAAAGAGACGAUUGCUUCUCUUAAGCAACAAAACCAAUUACUUAAACAGCAGGUUGACGCUCUGUGCAAAGAAGUUAAGUCCUUGAAAGAAUCGUUUGCCGCCAUGGAGGCUGUUAAUGAAAACAGAAUCACUGCAGUCGCUAAUGCCUCGAACGUCGAAACUGCUCGGAGUUUGCGAUACUUGAACGACGAGUAUGAUGACUUGUCAGCUUCUGACUCUAGUAUCUCGGUACAGCUUAAGCAAAUAUUUCACUGCCUUAAUGUACUCACUGCACAAGUGGAACGUGUUGCUAACGCCAUGAUGCCGAGGAGUACAGUUACCAGCUCAACGUAAAAAUAAUUGGUCUUCCGGAGUUGAAUACACUGAAGUGAAACCGCCCAGGAAUCAAGUUCUCUCUGUGUAAAACUCUUCCAGGAAAUGGGAGCUGAAGUAUCUAUUCUUGACAUCGAUAUAGCGCAUCGUGUAUCAAAAAGGAACGAAAGCAAAGGUCCAAAACCUGUGGUAUGUAAAUUUGGCAGGCGUUUGGCGAAAGGGAAAGUUAUGGAAAUUCGUCAACGUGCCUCCCAAGUUAACCCAACAAGUAUCGACUUUUCUGCUGAAAACGAGCUUGGCGGAGCAACAAUCUUCGAUCAUCUUACCCCCAAGAAGCAGAACCUGUUAUUUGACGCGAAAAAAUUCAAAGAGCGGAAUCAUUAUCAAUUUUGUUGGGCUAAAAACUCCACUAUUUAUCUAAGAAAGGAUGAGAGCUCUCGUGUGAUUAAAAUCUCGGACACUAAUACACUACGACAUCUUGCAUCGGAUACGUAUUCAUUAAAAGUUAGAUAA